AUGGAGUCACCGUCACCAUCCAAACACCACCUCUCUCCGACCAAGACGCCUCUCUUUCCCACAUCUCCCGAACGAAUCAACCAACAAAAGCUAGCAGGUUCCUUCUCUGUACCCUCUGACUUAAGUCAGAAAUCGUCAGAUGUCCGGGAAAAGAUCGCUUUUUUGAACAAUCUGUCGCAAGCGGGUAGCCCAGCAGCGAGUCCACAACAUGUUUCGUCUUCUACUGCAUCAUCAGGGUCGGCUGCGCUUCAAAGGGCCAUCUUGGGGCGUGAAGAAGCAGAGUCAGCUCUUGCAAACGCCAAUAACUUGCUUUCAGAAGCACAAGCUCGAGAAAGACGCAUCAGCGAGAGACUCGAGUCAUUACUAGAAGAAUUACAAACAACCCGAGAACGUCAAGCACACGAACGAACUGUUUUUGAAAAGGAGGUUCGCAAAGCACGCAAAGAGGCAUUCCGUGCUGGAUCGAUGCUCGUCAAAAUACAGGAGGAACUGAAAUUGUCAAAAGGGGAAAUCAAAACCCUGAAAGAGGAAGUGCGAGCAGAGCGCGAGUCCAAAGAAACGGCCAAACAAGAAGCAUUCGAGCGCGCAUAUGCGCUGGCUGGAAUGUCAGAAGAACUUCAAUCGGUGAAGGAUCAACUGCGCGCUAUGGAGUCCAACAAUCAACAAAGCGUCUUGGAGUCGCAUGUUGAUGAAGUGGAAGGAAGCAUAAAUAAACCGAUCGUCGAUUAUGUUGACCAGGCAACAUGUACAACUCCAACAGCAAGAAGGCCUAAGCGAAGCGCGGAUGCAUUGGAAAUUCUUCAAGUUGCGCACUCUGACACAGAACACGAGGCUCACAGAGACGAGACUCCUAAUAAGAAGAUGAGGCUAUCACGACGUGCUUCGGACAAAGGAAAUAUACAACCAGGAACAUUGGAAGAUCAAGGGGAUCUUAUAGCAGAUCUACAGACAGAAAUAAAACUAGAAAAACGAAGAAGAGAAAAGGCUGAGGACAUGGUUCUUUUCAUGAAAAUGGAGUGCCAAUUCAAACGUUGCUCAUGCAGAAUCGCGGAAAGCCUGGGACAAAAGUAUGUCCAUGACAAGGAAUGGGACGAUGCCAUGCGAGAGGAAGAUUUACAAGAAAAUAUGCAUGACGACGAACAUGUUCAAGAGGAAGAGGAGCAAGAACAAAAUACUCGUGAGGAAACGCCAGCCACGUCAGCCGCACAUUCGCCUCUUGUGAGCCCGGUAACUGCAAUGACGCCACCCACACCACAUUAUCAAGAGACGACUGAAGCGCAAAAAGCUCGUCGACCAGCACGACAGUCGUCAGUUGCGUUUUGUGAGGAGACGGGAACAUUCGUCCAGGUGUCAUCACCGCACGCUUAUAUGCAAGACCGACCGAGCGAGGAGCCCCUCGUUCUCCCAAACGCUGAUGAGGACGAGGGGGAUGAUAUUGAUGUUGAGGUUGAGGAUGACACCGCAGUUCCGCGUGUAAGCCCUGCAGUAAGAGUGAUGCAGAUGCAGACUCAGACUGAAGACAUCAUUACGCAUCGGCGCUCGUAUGAGAUCGAUAUCGAAGCAGAGGAGCAGCAAGUUGUCAACGGACCACCACACCGAACUGUCAAUCCACUUGUAAAAAACACUGAAAUUGUUACCUCUAUCGCCCGGAAUCCUAUCUUACCACCUCAGCGAUCAUCAGAAAGACAACCCAUCACACCCGUCGACCAAAUCAUUGCCGUCAAGGAAGAAACCAUAACAAGAACGGUACCAAUCCAACUUGAAUCAAGACAUACACACAACCCAAUGGACGUCAUACCCGGGACGCCUCUGACUCGAGAAGAAGCAUUAGCCCAAAUCCGAGCACGCAGAGGCCGAACGAAAAGCGGCACGCAACGAUCCGUGAGUGCCAAUGAGGCUACGGCUCGUUCAGGUCCAGGUGGAAUGAAAGUAGCGCCCGCAAGACGCAUACCUGGUGUAAAGCACUCGGAUAUAAGGAGCGAAUCCGAUGUUAAGGAUCGAAGAGAUACAGCACCUGUCGGCUCGCGGCGAUACUGA